UACUGGAGCUUCUGCUGGUAUUGGAGAAGCAUGUGCAAGGGAAUUUGCGAAAUCCGGCUCUAAUUUAGUUUUAGCAGCAAGGAGAAUGGAACGUCUUGAGCAGCUCAAAAAUGAAUUACUGUCAGAAAACCCUAGUAUAAAAAUUCAUACACAUCAAUUAGAUGUACGCGAUAAAUCUUCUGUAGAUUCGUUGGUUCCAAGUUUACCGACGGAGUUAAAAGAGAUCGAUAUUUUGAUAAAUAACGCUGGAUUAGUUAUCGGAAUGGAUAAAAUUGAAGAUAUUUCUUCGGAUGCUAUCGACACAAUGAUUGACACCAAUGUUAAGGGUUUGUUAUAUGUUACCCAAGCUAUUCUUCCAGGAAUGAAAGAACGUCAAAAAGGUCAUAUAAUUAACAUUGGAUCUGUGUCGGGAAAGCAGGCUUAUGCAAAUGGCGGUGUAUAUUGUGCAUCCAAACAUGCUGUCAACGCUAUUUCGAGAGCUUUACUUCAAGAGUUCGGUGGUGAUAAAUCAAGGGCAGACAAAGUCUACGAAGGAAUAAAACCUUUAAGUGGUGAGGAUAUUGCCGAAACGGUAGUGUUUGCUGCAUCAAGACCUGAUCACGUCAAUAUUGCCGAUGUGUUAAUAUACCCAGUUAAUCAGGCAUCAGUGUUCCACUUUCAUAGACCAUAUGCUAAAUAG